CUGGCUUCAACUUCGCACGUGAUGUUUUGAUUAGCCGACCAUACUCAUUUUGAAACGAAACUUAACUAGCUGAUUUAUCGUUUUACCGUUAAGUGUGAAAUAUUCAUCCACAAGUCGAAAUUUCACUAUCGAAAUAUUCUAAUAGAAAAUUCAAAGAUGGCCAAAAAAGAAGAUAGCAUUCUACCAUACCUUGUAGAACUGGAUAAAAGCAUAAGUUUGUCCAUGAGUGUUGCAGCUUCCAAAAACUCUCCAUUUGGUCAUUAUCGGCCUCACAUGAAAGCAUUGGAAUAUUCUUGUCAUGGUGCAUUUUGGAUUAGUGGUAGCAUAAUUUGCCUCUGGUUUUGUGAAGAUCCCAAAAAAGAAGCAUUUUUCUUCAACUUAAUUUUAGCCCUGAUCUUGGAUAUCGUAUUUGUAGCUAUUUUAAAAGCAAGUAUAUCAAGAAAGAGGCCAGCUAAUAAUGAAGAAGGUGAUAUGUUUCUCACAUUAUCUGUUGACAAGAUGUCCUGUCCAUCUGGUCAUACGUCCAGAGCUGUACUACUGACUUAUAUAUUGAUAGCUUCAAGUCCUCACAUGUAUCUCCUACAUCCAGUUUUAAUUCUUUGGUGUAUGUGUACAUGCUUUUCGAGAAUAUGUCUUGGAAGGCAUUAUUUUGGCGAUGUUUUAUUGGGAGCAUUUUUAGGAUAUGUAGAGUAUUGCAUUAUGGAUUAUAUAUGGGCUGGCCCAGAAACAGCUACAUGGUAUCUAGACUUUUUCCGAGAUUCGGGUAGUAUUGUAGAUGAUUUAUAAGAGCAGAAUGUCAGUUUAUUAGAAAUUUUUCAUAAUUAAAAAAAAUUAUAACUGUGUUCUACAUACAUGUCCUAUUAUACUUGAUUGCUGUCCUGAGAGACAUUUUGCUGUGAACCAGCCACCACACAGUUUGAUUGGUUUUUUGCCAUUACACAUCUUAAAUCAUCUAUUUGCAUGUCAGAAUGAUUAUACUUUUUUUAUAUUUGUUCUCAAGAUUGUAAUUUAAAUGUAGUGCUUCAAGCAAUUUUAGUUCCUAAUACUGAAGAACUUUAUCAGAUUAUUGAAAAGAAGUAUAAAGUUGUUUUUACUUAUAAUUUUAAUAACAGUACAGCAUAAAUAUAACUACCUUUAAAUUGUUUAAACAGGAAAUAAUUUUCAAAAUUACAUCUGGUUAUAUCCCCAGAGCAUGUCCUACUGACAUAUACUGAUAGCUUCAAUUCCUCACAUGUAUCUCCUACAUCCAAUUUUAAUUCUUUGGUAUAUGUGUACAUGCUUUUCGAGAAUGUCUUGGAAGGCGUUAUUUUGGUAAUGUUUUACUGGGGGCAUUUUUAGGAUAUGUAGAGGGUUGUGUAUGGGCUGGCCCAGAAACAGCUAAAUUGCAUCUAGACUUUUCCAAGAUUCGCAUAGUAUUGUAGAUGAUUUAUAAGAGUAGAAUGUCACCUUAUUAGAAAUUUUUCAUAAUUUUUAAAAAAUUAUAAGUGUUCUAGAUAUAUGUCCUAUUAUAUUUGACUGCUGCCAUUCGAGACAUUUCGCUGUGAACCAGCUACCACAUGGUUUGAUUGGUCUUUCGCCACUAUACACAUCUUAAAUCAUUGAUUUGCAUGUCAGAAUGAUGGUACUUUUUAUGUUUAUUCUCAAGAUUGUAAUUUAAAUGUAGUGCCUCAAGCAAUUUUAGUUCCUUAUACUGAAGAACUUUAUCAGAUUAUUGAAAGGAAGUAUAAGGUUGCCGUUUUACGUAUAAUUUUAAUAACAGUGAAGCAUAAAUAUAGCUACCAUUAAAUUGUUUGAACAGUUUUUAAUGCAAUGAGCACAAUAUAUUUAUCAGUGGUUCCCCCCCUUUUAUUGUAGUUAUGUUCACGAAUGGGGCAUUUCUCACCUAAAUUUUAAUACCAAAUGUUCAUGACUUUUUUUGAGUGAAACUUUACCUCAUCAUAUCUGUUAUGUCAGUGCAUUACUGGUUGGUUCAUAUUAGACAAUUUUUACGUUCAGUGCGGAUAUCAUUAUGAAAGGUUUGGAGAAUUAUUUGUCUUUAGAUGUAACUGUUAUGUCUUCACAUGUAGUGUAAUAAAAAGCACAUAGCAGUGUAAUAAAAUUAACAAAUGGGAAUCUAUUUUUGGAAGGUGAGAUAACAUUUAUUUCAUGAUUACAAAAAUUGACCAAUUAUAUGCAUUGUCAUAUCUCAUUUGAUGACUUAAAUAUUUAAAGAAUUAUGGCUAUCAUUUGUGAUUACAGGUGAGAAAUUUUGCAGAAGGCCAAAGGUGCUAAACUAGCUUACUUUCAUGUUUGAUAUAAUCUAAAUCUAGUGCUCAAUGUCUUAUAAACAACAUUUUGUCAUAGAAAUUGUAAAUAUUUGUUUUAACAUAAAUGGAAAAUGAUCCUGUAUUGCUUUCAUUAUUUUCUGAUAUCAAUUAAACCACUGCAUUUAGUAUAAUAAUUUUGUUUCAUUUUUAAAUCAACUGUGUAUAUAUAUAUAUAUAUAUAUAUGUAUAGUAUAAGCUUUUUUUUGACAAAAAUAAAGUAAUAUCCCAUCCUUGAUGACUACAGCAUAAAGAGCUUAUAUUUUGCUCAUUUUUACUCCCCCCCUUCCCGAAAAAAAGCAGUUUUUGUAAUUGAGCCUGUGAUUGCUUCAAUGCAGUUUUUCUAUGAAAGGUAGAUUUAUAACUGAAUGCUAAUAAAGUAGAUUGUACUGGCAGGAUAUAGUUCACUAUUGAUUGCUAGUUGUAAUUCACUAUUAGUGAAGAUUAUGAUACAUAUUCUGCUCUAGUCAUAAUUCUUUUUUUUUUUUUUUCCUCUCUGUGUAAAACUAAGCGUGAUAAAUUAAUUAUUGUAAAUCUCUACAUCCCCUAGAAGAUUUACCCAGAUGAUUAAAAAUUCUCUUCGGAAGAAAUGCUGCAGGAAAAAAAAAAAAAAAAAAAAAAAAAAAAAAAAAAAAAAAAAUCUUUUGUUGAUGUUUGUAAUAUUUUAAAAUAAGCUCAAAGCAGCAGUUUGUUUUAUUUUGUUACAUUUUACUGAAUAUCCUUUGAGACAAUCUGCCCAUUCGUGGGUUUUGUUAUGAGAGGUUAAAUUCAAGUAAUAUUCACAGUAAUCAAGUUACAAAAGAGUGCUGGUGUCUUCCAGAAGUAGGUAAAAGUACUGAAAAUUUUAUUACUUAUGUAAUUUUCCUAAAAUAUUAAAUCUUGAAGCAUAAUUUUUCCUAUACUUCUCUGUUUAUAGUAUUGAAAAGUUAGAAAAAAUGUGUAACUUUCUUCAUUGUUUUGUGUAAAAUGUUUUUAGCUGUAAUUUUUCAAUGUUGAAAUAGUUUAAAUUUUUGUGUAUAAGAAUUUUUAAAAUAUUUUUUAGGAGAAAUCUAAUUCUCUUCUUGUUACAUUAUACUCUUGUCAUGAGUUAUUUCCAAAAUGCAAAGAAAUUUGUGGGACUGGUAACAUAUGUAACAUGUUUAACAGAUAAAAUAUAAUAAGCAUUUCUUGACUUCUGAAUUUAGAGCAUGUCUGUACAUGUAUUAUUAUUUUUCUAGCUAAAUUUUAACUGAAGUUAUAAAAAGUAACUGGGAGAUAUGGUUUGUUGUUGGUUUGCAAAUGCUAAGAUGUUUAAAGAUUAUCUUUCAUACUUGGGUUGUAAAUUAUCCUGCCGUUGCUAGAAAUUCUUAAUAUUGUAAACAAUUCUUAAAAAAAUCAAUUUUCAAACCUUUUUUUUUUUUGUAAUUUAAGGAAGAAGCUUUAUUAUAUUUUUAUGAAAGAGUUUUAUUAAAGGUACAGCUUUUAAUAGUAAUGAUGUAAUAAUAGAUUCACAAAAAUAUACUUUAAAAUAAUAUUUUAUUUUGAUUAGUUAACAUGAAAAUGUUCAUUUAAAAAAUUAGUAGUCUUGAUAUAUUUUCUGCCUAAAUGCUAUUUAUAUUAUCUGUUUUAGCUUCAAGUGGUGGUUCUUUUGCACAUUUAAUUGGCAUAUUAAAGUUUUUCUAAAACAUGUCUUCCAGACUAAUCUUGAACUAUAGCAAAGUUUACAUUUGAGCUUCAAAUAAUCGGCGAUGGCAUAAUUUUGGUUCAUAACUCUUGAGCAGCCAUUGAAGGACAAUAUAUUUUUGAAAAAUCAUGGCUUUUUCUAGUAAUUUUCAUAGCUAUAUAAUUAAGUUAAUGAAAUAAAGGAAAAAUUUCUCUAUUUAAUCAUAGCCAACAAGAAUUUUUAUUAAUGGAGUAAACAUUUUUUUUCAUUUUAAUACAUAAUCAAAAAGUUUGUUGUUGUGAGUUUCAAGUAUUUAAAUUGAUUUUUUAUUAAUAGCUAUGCUAAAUAGGCAAGAAAUGAAGACCUGUAGAAUUGCCUUAUUAUAUAUGUUUGUAUUUAGGAGGUAUUGUAAUAUCAUAUUAGAAAUUUUCUGCUCUGCUAAUAUAUGAAAUAUUUAUGGAAUACAAAAAUGCAUUUGGAUUUUGCAUUUUAUACAUCUAUUUCACAUGCUAUUUAUAAUUUCUUGAUUGUUUCAACCGAAUAAAUAUUUCAAAAUAAAUCAAAGCUAAGAUUAAAGGUUUUGUAAAGGAACCAAUAUGUUAAUGGAGCACUUUUAUUAUUAAAUAUUAUAUUUUGUUGUGUGUUACUGUUAUGUUUUAGCCUUUAUAGAAAUAUGUCAGUAGUUCUGCUAUUAAAUGAACAUGUGAAGUAGUUUAUCAUUAUUAUUACAGGAAAAUAACAUUUGUUACGUUUUUCUUUGUUAAUUCCUUAUUUUUAGUUUUAGUUUUAAAACUAAAAUAGUUAAAUUUUAUUGAUAGGGAUUCUUUCCUUCCUGAUUUCUCCCAAAUCUGCUGAUUUCUCCCAAAUCUGCUUUUUAAUUAACAGUUUUAUAUGUAGUUUAUCUAUAUACAUCUGUAACUACUAAACAAAUUAAAAUAGUUUUUAACCUUCUCUUUUGCAAGUUUGAAAAUUGUAUUUAUUUAAACCAUACAUUUACAGCUUGUGAAGUAGAUUUUUGUAAUUUAACUUAAUAUUUUUCAAAACCAAGUUUAAAAAACUUUCAAAAUAAUUUAUAUGACUUAGUUUAAAUCUCAAGCGAAUUACAUAUAUGAAAUUUUCAUUAUAUUAAAACAUAUCUAAUGUAGAAUUGGCUCUAGCAAUGUCAUAACCAUUUCUGAAAUUACUGUGAAUUAAAACAUAUUAAACAUAUCUAAAAAAUAGGAGUAAGCUUGUAAAGUAAAUUUUCACUUCUAAGAUUUUUAAUAACAAAAUAGUUGUAUAGUAACUGAGAUUUUUGAAAAUAUGUGCUAUGCCAAAAAAGAUUAAAACAAGAGGAAAACUGUGUUUGUAUAUGGUGUAUUUGCCUGUUUCUUUGCUUGUUAUACAUAGCUAACAUAGGGUUGUGGCUGCACAUACAUUGUUCAAGUAAUUUAUGCUUUUUAGAUGAUUAUUUGAAUUAGUGUUUUAUAUAUUGUAAAGUAAUGUGAUUUUGAACUUCACCCUAAGUAUUAGAAUCUGUGAUACACACUUGCUAAAUCGAAGUCUUUAUAUAACUUUUUAUAGUACAAAUGUGUGAUAUGGAAUUGCUGUGCAAUUAAUAUAAUAGAAAAUGUCUUUGAAGUCUGAUAUAGUCUUUAUUAUAUAUUAUUCUUUUAUUAAAAAUGUAAUUCAGCUGUAUAUAUUUUAUAUGCUAAUUAUUUAGCAUAUUUCUUAAUUGUUUUGGUGUGCAAAUAAAAGUAAUGUUGAAAUGAAAGAAAGGACUAUUGAAAAAUCUAGAGUUUAAAUGAAUUUGAGAAGAUUCACUAUUUUAUAGUGUGCCUUUUUUUGUAAAGUUGUGUUUUUAUUAUUUCAUUAAAAUCUUCAUUGGUGACUUCUUAAAUCCUUUUUUAUUCUUAUCUUUAAUGUUAAGUUUUUCUCAUAACUAUCUUUCAGUUAUUUAUUUUUGUUUUGAAGAGUGCAUUAGUGAAAGCUUUAUUGAGAUUAGAUUGAUGCUCAUUUUGCCAUUCAUGGGAAAAAGGCAUAUUAUUUGUAUGUGCUACUUUUCAAUAUUUGCUAUUUUUAUUUGAUUAAAAAUAGAUUUUCAUUGAAUUUUGUGUAUAAUUUACAUUUUUGAUACAAAACCUUGUAUUAUAAUUGUUGGUAUUUAUGUGAAUGAAAAGGUUAUACAAGAUAAGUAAUUCAAAAAUAUGAAUGAUAAGCAUAUAGUAUGCUGCAUUAGGAAGAAUACUCAUAAUUUGUUAUUAAUCAGUAUUAAUACGUAGUUUUUCUCUCCUAUUGCAAGAAAGUUUCAUAUAUUUGUCAAUAGUUUCCUCACAUAUUAAUUCUUUAAACUGAAAAUUUUCUAUAGCAUCAGUGCACUUUUCUGUUAGCAUCAAUGUUUCAAUAGCUAUUUUGAAUUAUUCAGACUUGCAAAAUCUGCAUCAGUGAUUUAUCAGGAGUAGACUUGUCAAUUGUUUACAUAAUGAGCAUUGUAUGUGGUGAAAUAUAAACUGGUGUCUAAAUUAAACGUAAACUAAAUUUAAUGUGCUUUGUCAGAUCUUGUGCUUGUUAUCUAUCCAAUAGGAGUGAUUAAACUAUAAUACUUUUCUAAAUUUGUAUUUACCCAAUUUGAAUAUUAAUAGUUUGCUGAUAGUAUGGACAGUUAAUAUUGGUAUUUUUCCUAAACAAUGAUUAAGAAAAAUAUAAUUUUAUUAGCAUUUUCAUAUUAAUUUGAGAUGAUUUCCUACUUGGGUGCAUAAUGGCAUGACAGUCAAAUCUUCUUUGUCAAAUGUUAAGUCUUUAUUUAAUAAUUUUAACUAUCAUAACUAUUAAAAGUAAUUGGUUAGGAUAAGGUUCUUAAGUAAUUUUACUUACAAGCAUUUUUCAAAAUGCAUUUUGGAACAUCCUGACUAACAAGUUCUUACUCUUCCAAAAAUUUUAAGAAAUACCAUGUUUAGUUGCAUGUUUCCCUUCCUUGUGUAUCCCCCUCUAGGUUUUCAGCUUAUUAUUUAGAAACUUCCAAUUUAUGGUAAGGAUGUAGAAUGCAUCUGCAAUAAGAAAUUAUUUUGUGUAAAAAAAAAAAAAAAAAAAAAUAUAUAUAUAUAUAUAUAUUGAAAUUAGUAAGUCCUUUGAAAACAUAACACAGUAAUAUUAGUGUGUCUUUAUGUAUGCCUUUUAAUGUGUUGUGCUUAAGUCACCUCUUUAGAAAUAGUGUACACAGUGCAUCUUUCCUUGCCUGAUUUUUGUGCAGUAAAAUUAGAAUGAAAAUGGUGGGGAUACAGUAAUUAAAAGGCAUGAGCCUUAUUAAGAAAAGAGUAUAUUUAAAAGAUAGACUAAUUAUAUAUAGUCAAUAAUAAAUAAAAUUAUAGAAUACUCCUCUGAUCUUUGUUAAUUUCUUGGCAAGUUAUUAUGGUAUUCUGUAGCUGAAUUAUUUAUUCUGCAAACUAUUAAAAGAAGUGUAAAAUUCUAUAAAAAUUUACAUUAAAAUAUAUGCAACAAGAAAUAUUCAUGACUCAAGCUUUGCAUCUUUUGAGAUGUUGGUCAAUGAUCUGAUGUAUUGCAAAAAUUAGUCUCCAUAAUUUAAGAUUUUGGGGUGAUCAUUUGUAGAUCUAUUGGCUCAUAAGACUUAACAUGAUAGGUACAAUUUUAAUGUCUUAAUAAAUAAGGAGUAAAUAAAAAUAAAAUAAAAGGCGCUGGUUACAGAUUUAUUAGCCACUAGUUUUUUGUUAGCUCAAUUAAAUGGAAAUAUAUAGUUAUAAAGCAUCAUAAUAUUUUGUACAUUAUUUGAGUAUGCUUUGUCUCAAAAUUUAUGUUGCAGUACAAAAUGGCUUGUAGUUAUUUCUUCUAAUUUAUAUCCAAAGCAGAUUAGUGAAAAUAUAUUAUAAUUUUGUACAUAUGCUUAGUGCAGCAGUAAUGUUGAAUGAUGUGAAACAUACUACAUUUGUGUUCUUAGCACAUUGGUUGGAUUGAAACUCUUAAGUAAUGAAGUCCAAAAAUGUUUCCGAAAAUUUGUUAUUUAGGCUGAUUUAAAGCUGAAAUAGGAUUAUCUCAAGUAUCCAACUGCUAAAGCACUAAGGAUUUAAGGCUGUGUUGUCAGCUUAAACAAAAUUUCUAUGGAUAAAAAUGUAAUGAUUUAAUAGGUUGAAAAACAUACUGGCAUAUUAUUUCCCUUUUAUGAGAAUGCAUAAUUAUCUCAUCUGGAAACUCUUCCUAAUGCAGUAAGUCAUGUGUUGCUGUAUCAACAUUUGUGAUGAAUAAAUAUUUGUAAUGAUGCA